CAAAGAGCGGGGCGGCGCGGGCUCUCGUUCCUUGCCGGUGGUGGAGGCGGCGCGGGGCGGCGGUGGCGGGCGAUGCUGCGGCGGAAGCCGACGCGGCUGGAGCUGAAGCUGGACGAUAUCGAGGAGUUCGAGAGCAUCCGGAAGGACCUGGAGAGCCGCAAGAAGCAGCGGGAGGACGCGGAGGUGGCGGCGGCCGGCGAGGAGGCGGCCAUGGCGCUGGGCGCCGAGCACAAGAGCCGGGAGCAGAUCAUCAACGACCGCAUCGGCUACAAGCCGCAGCCCAAGGCCGGCGGCCGCGCCGCCCACUUCGGCACCUUCGAGUUCUAGGGCCGGCGGAGCCCCGGGGGGCUUUUUAUUAUUAUUAUUAUUUAAGUUUUCCUCGUUAGCGGGCCCGUGAAUGCCCCUCUAGCUGUUCUGUUUUAAAUAAAUAUUUUUUUUUUUA